CCCGGCGAGAGAGAGGAGGAGGAGGAAGAGGAGGACGGGCUGGCGAGCGAUGGCCAUUUCGGAAGCGCACUCGCACUCGCACGCCAAGAUCCGCAUCUGUCCCCCUUCCAUCUCUCUUUCUUUCUCUUCAGAUCUCUCUAUACCCUCGCGUCGGAGCACACGAUUCGAUCUUUCUUGUCAUUCUUAGCAGUAAUUUGCUGAAGUGCUCCUUGUGAGGCGGAAAUCUCAAUCUCAAUAUCUCUCCCUCUCUCUUUCUCUCUCUUUCUCUCUCAGAGUGUCUGUGUCUAUCGAUCGAUCGGCCAUUUGAGGAUGAGAUUUGGUGUCGGUCGUGGAUUGGAGCAGGAGGAGGAGGAAGAGUAGUGUUGCUGCGACUCUGUGGCGGCCAACCUCUGGGAGCGAAACUGAAAUAUUCGGCGUGGUGUGAACCGCAAUCGAGUGCAGGGCGCUGCGGUGUUCGUGGAUUUCUUCUUCUUAUCUUGGUGCUGAUUGGGUUCCUGGGUGGAGGGGGAUUGUGGAAAAAGAAUGAGGGAGGAUGGGGUGCUCGAGAUUGCGAGGGUAGUGGUCUGUGCGUGGAAAUCAACCGAGGAACGGCGCGGGUUAGGCUGGAACGAAGGGCGUGGGAAUGCAGCAGUUAUUCGGAAUAGCAGUAAGAAAGAAGGUGAAUUACAGAAGGGAGGGCUCGAUUGUGGGCUCUAGUCAGUGCAGCAGGGGCUGGUGACUCGAAAGGACUACGCAUAUUUAUAAGAUCUCGUCGCUACUAGAGGAAUAAGAGAUGAAUGAAGCUUUGAGUAGCCCGAGGCUCGGAGCAGAGAAGUCUGCUGGGCAGAACAGGAAUGGAUUCAAGGGCGAUCAUUUCGGCUACGCUCUCAAAACACCGGUAGUCGGGUGGUUCGAUGUGAGAGUUUUCUAUGUGAGGGUGACCUCUUGUCCGCUGGAUGAUGCUCCGGAGGUUUUGACCAUGCGCUAUCCACCGAGAGACAUCUCCACUGCCCUCGAGGCUAACGGUGGAAGGAUAUCUCCCUCCGAAGAGCUGAAACUUACCUUGCGUAGAGAUCGAGUCGACACCGAGUCCUCGGAAGCAACUUACGUGAGCACGGAUAAUCUUAGGGCCAGCGGAAGCGUAUCUUUUGAGGUUUAUGAUAGAGAGCAGCUGCUUCUUUGUGGCAACUUAGAACGGUCAGACCCGAAGAUUGACACCGAUGGCGACGACCGCGAUAGGUCGAUGAGCACGCUCUCCAAGAGCAUAAAACUCGGCUGGAAGAUGGAUCUCAAUUGUGCAGUUACAUCUCCCGGUUGCUCGUUUUUGAAAGGGAGACAGGAGUUUUCCACGGCCGUUCUGAGCCCCCCGACGAUGGAAGUGUGCGUGGUUGGUCGGUAUUCGGCCUUACCCGUCAUCCUAACUGAGGUUGUCCAGUUGACUGUACGAAGAAAAAUGGUUCGGCGGAAUACUUUGGAUUCCAUUGUCGAAGGAGAAGAAGGCGAAAGAAUUCCUAGUGAUCUUCUGCUGGCUGGCCAACCCGAACAGGUCUCAAGAGAUGAGGGAAGCUACAAUUUUGCCGACAAGGCGCUGGCUAGAUUUGGAAGCUUUGACCCCAAUGGGUACGGUGAAGGAGAUGAAGCGGAUUCCUGGUUCGGUACAGGUGUCAGAGUCGGAGUUGGCAUCGGUUUGGGGAUGUGCUUGGGAGUUGGCAUAGGGGUCGGUUUACUCGUUCGCACCUACCAAGCCACUACUAGAUCUUUCAGGAGAAACCUCUUUUAGCCUCCCCUAUGAUCAGCUCUUUAUGGGUUGAAUGAAGAGGCACUUGUGCAUCCCCUAUCCAGUUUUACUCGGUGCAGAUUAUUUCAUAUCGGAUACACUUGUCAAGCAGGUUGCUCGGCGAAAUAGCCCUUAUCCUACUGCUCAACUUGCAGUGGUAGGCCGGCAGAAAACAUGAUUGGUAGUUAGAAUUGCUAUUGAAAUCUAAUCUUACCACCGCCAGGAACAUCUUAUCAACGACAUGAAGGAGAGGUAUCCAUUAGAGGCUAAUGAAGCCUUUGCGCGUUCUACUCAGUUUGAUAGUCAGUUGGAUUUACUAGAGAUAGAGUUAUAGGCUGGGGUACAGGACGGUCUUAAUAAGUCUGCGUGAAGCAAGUGUGUUUGCUUACACCGAUCUUGUAAUGCAAACUUGGAGUGGAGCUGGAAACUCAAAGCAUGGUGAGGAGGAAAGAAAGAUGCCGAUAAUGCCGUCGGGGAUGUGUUCAAGACACAGACCUCGUUACGCGUGGCCAUAGCCAGUUGACCAUGCGUACGUUGGGAAGAGUGUAUUUGAGGGAGCAGCCUUACUAAGUACCUGACUGGCCGAAACAAGUUAAGAGUUAAAGUUUAGUGAAUGGGAAACAUCACCUGGCUGGAUAUCCGGCAGUGUGUCCCUCUGUAUGUAUGUACAAUGGAUACUUGUCUCCACACAAUUUUCAUGUAUCUUUUUGCGGUAUGGACGUUGUUCAUAUCUUUUGUCCUGAAAAGUGUUAAGUACGGGCGCAAGACGUGCCUGUCGUAUAAAAUUUAUUGGGCUCUUCGACCUU